AUGUCUGCUGUAACUGCGUCACUCUGCUCCACGCUGAUGUUUGUCGUUGUUUUUGUGUUUGUUUCAGCAGACCAGAAAACCAUCACAGCUGAGUCUGGACAGGACGUCACUCUGCCAUGUCGAGCUCCAAACAACAUCAUAGUUGUAAAGUGGAGCAGAGCUGACCUGGGAGAUGAAUAUGUGCUUUUGUACCGGGAUGAUCAGUUUGUUCCAGAUGAGCAGCAUCCAUCUUUUAAGAACCGGGUGGAUCUGCAGGACAGACAGAUGAAGGAUGGAGACGUGUCUUUGAUUCUGAAGAAUGUGACGAUUAAUGACACUGGAACAUACGAGUGUCGUGUCUUCAUGAGAGGAGCAAACCGCAGGAAAAGAGCCCUUUUGAAGACUCGGCCCGUCAGCAGCAUCUACCUGAGUGUUGUUCCUCCAGGUCAGACAGGAGGAGACAAAGAGGAUGGAGGGAAGGAGGAUGGAGGGAAGGAGGCUGGAGGGAAGGAGGCAGGAGGGAAGGAGGAUGGAGGGAAGGAGGCUGGAGGGAAGGAGGAUGGAUCUGCUGGACUCACUGUUGGUCUUUCAGUUUCUGCUGUGUUUGUUACAAUUGCUGUUGGUUGUUUUUUGAUUUACAAUAAAAAUAAACAACGACCGAGUCAGGAUUCAUUCCAGCCUCCUGUUGAACUUCAGCUUGUUUCAAAUGUCUCCGAGUUUUUCUCCUGCUGCUGUUCAGACUCUCUGUGUUGUCAGUGAACAUUCAGGUACAGACAGAUGAUCUGAUCAUCCAGCAGACAGACAUCAAACACGUCCAGAGUUUGUUUGAUGAUAAAUUUCUCUGAUUAUCAUCAAACCUGUUCAGACUGUGUCAGUGUGUCUCUGUGCUGUCUGUCAGACUCUGUGAACUACAGUGUUUGUUCAUCUUCACAGUUUUUAUGGGAUUUGUUGAUGAGGAGAAAAACACAUUUACAGAAUGUCAUUGGCUCAUUCGACUGAGUGUUAAUAUUAGAAUAAUGACUAAUGCCAGAAUCACUGGGCUUCAUUCAUAAACUGUAUGUACGGAUGUUUCACACAAAUCUGAUAUUCAUCAAUAUUUUUGUACUUGACACCAAUUUAGAAAUGCCUCACUGCACGAGUCACAUGUUUCCUUCCUCUAAUCUGUGAAGCUUUAUUUAACUGUUCUUUCCAUGAGAAAGACGCUUCAGCCUGUUUGUUACUGGAGGUUAAUUAUUUGCUGUUUUCUAUUCAGCUGACCAUUUAUUCUUUUUAUGUGCUUUUGGUUAGAGGCUCUUAUAAAGAGCCGCUCGCGUUCUGUG